AUACUGUUUGGCAGCCAGACGGGCACCUGCCUGGAAAUCGCACGCAACUUGGCGGCAGAGGCGGUGGAGAAGGGCUUCAACGCCACUUGCGCAUCGUUGAACGAGCUAGGGUUUGCGGCACUCUCCGCGGCCCGCACACCCGUCCUUAUCGUCAUCUCUUCCUCUACCGGCGAUGGUGACCCGCCGGACAACGCCGCAGCGUUCUUUGUCGCGAUGCGGCGCAAACCCCCUGCCGGUGCGCCUCCACCGCCGCCAGCGCCACUGGCGGGUGUACAGUACACGGUUCUGGGGCUGGGCGAUUCGAACUACACGCGGUUCAUGUACGUGCCGCGCUCCAUUAAGGGACGGCUGGCGGAGCUGGGUGCGAAGGAGUUUUACGGCUGUGUGGAGGCGGACGAG